AUGUCCGCGAUUCACGCUCCCGUUAUCGGGGCGCCUGCAAUGGCGGUUCCCUUGGCGUCGCCCGUCGCGCGCGGACGGCGAUCGCUCGUCGCAUUGUCGCGCGGCGCGCGGUUCCCCGCAGGCAGUGCUGCUCGGCGGAGAGAGCGAGCGGAAGCCACCGCCUCUGCAUCCUCGUCAGUACCAGAGCAGCAGGACCAGCGGCAGGAUGAGCAAACAGUAGCAGCAGCAGCAGCGGUAGCGCACCCCUCCACGUGCCACCAACCAUCACCACCAUCGCAGUCCCGCCGAUCCAUGCUGCUAGCAGCAGCAGCAGCGGCAGUCGGCGUAAGCCUAGGCGACCUCGUAUCGGAAACAGGGGCGAGCGGAGCAAGGGGCGCAACAAGGGGAGCAGCGGGGGGAGCAGCGGGGGGAGCAGCGGGGGAAGCAGCGGGGGGAGCAGCAGCGAGGGGGGCAGCGGUUGCAGCAACGAUCACGGACCGGCCGAUGGAGUCGUACGACGAGCAGCGGCUGCUGGAGCAGAACCGCCGCAUCCAGCGCCUCAACCAAGCGCCUGAGAACUUCCCGGGGUUCAUCCGCCAAGGCUUCGAAGUGAGGGUAGUGACAGGGCCCGAGUACCAGGUCUCGCCCACAGGGCUGAUCUACUGGGACAUAGUGGAAGGUCAGGGCGAGCCUCCAUCGUCAGGACAGGAGGUGGAGUUCAACUACAUAGGCUUUAACGAGUCGGGCAGGCGUGUGGACAGCACGUACCUGCAGGGCCGCCCCGCCAAGACCAGAGUCGGCAUCAACGGCAUGAUCCCAGGGUUUGAGGAGGGCAUUAGUGGCAUGAAGGCGGGUGGGCGCAGGCGAAUCAUCAUCCCUCCUGAGCUCGGCCCCCCGACCGGCCCCUCCACCUUCUUCAGCGCCAAGCAGUACGAGGUGUUUGACAUCGAGCUGCUUGCCAUCCGCACCUGCGAGCGCCGCCAGAUCGUUUUCUACUCUGACGUUGUGUGCCAGUGA